AUGUUCAAUAUAUUAAUAUUUAUAAGCUUUUUCAUUCCUUUCCCCUUUAUUCAUUCAAAUAGAAUCCUAUCAAAACCAACAUAUAUUAUCAAUGAUGUUAAUAAUAACAAUCAUAUAAAUAGUUACCAUGGUAACUCAUUUGAUAAAUUAAAUAUUUCCAAUUAUUUAUGGCAUUUAUUUCAAAAUCGUAAUUUAAAUUCAUAUCAAAUACAAAAACCAACUUUAUAUUAUAUACCUAAUAGUAAUAAUAAUAAUAAUAUAACAACAAUCAAAUUUAAUCAAUCAAAUUUAUUCAAUCAUUAUAAACCAUUACAAACUUUUGAAAAUGUAAAUAUUUUUAGAAAAUUGAAAAAUGAUCGUCAUCAUCAUCAAGGUCAUCUCAAAACAGAGGUUAAUUCAAAAUUGAGAACAUUGAAUAAACUAUUUCAAAUAAGUCAAUUAACAAUAAUUCCACAUCAAAUUCCUAUAAUACCUAAUGAACGACCAUUUCAUGAUCAUGUAUUAUUAAAUUAUAAUGAAAUGAUCCGUUUAUUAGGUGGACAUAAUUUUAAUAAUGAAUUUAUGUCAUUUAAUAAACCAUGGGAAGCUAUAAUGUAUCCAAGGGGUAGAUUAAUUUCUUUUACAAAAUAUGAUAGAAAUAACUUGGAAACUAUAACAUCUUUAAAUAGAAAUCGUAGAUCACGUAAAAUAAAACCACAGAAACAACAACAAUUAAUAAAUAUUUAUGAUCGAUAUAAGAAAAAAAAGAAAAAACAGAAUCAUUUAGAUCCUAGUUCAAGCAACCUAUUUCAAAAUGUAAUGGAUCGAUUAAAGUUGAUCCAAAAUUUAAAAUAUAAAAAUCAUUUACAUAAUCGUAUGAAAAAGAAUCGUCAAUUAAGGCGGAUUCUUCGAGAAUUUUUAAAUGACUAUAAUAAUUGUCCUUUAUAUUAUAUAUGGUAUGAUUUAGGUCCGAAAUUUUGGCCAAGAUGGAUUAAAACUAGUCAAUGUGUUAAUUUAGCUAAUACAUCAUGUUCACUACCUCCUGGAAUGUAUUGUCAUGAAAAAAAUAUUGAGAAUAUAGCUAUAUUACGUUAUAUAUGCCCUGAAAAAUGGCCUUUAUCCAAAUGUAAUUGGUAUCGUGUACAUUUACCAAUUGUAACUGAAUGCAGUUGUCAAUGUACAAGUAAAUCAAUACACAGAAAAGACUCUUGA